GUUUAUUUCAAGUUGACAGUAGAAAAUGACUACACUAGAGGAGACAAUACCGGCAUUUUCCAUGUGGAAAAUGUUUAAUGAAACUAUUCCAGCAAUAAUAAAAGCAGAAUGUUGGGAACCAAGUAUUAGAAGACUAGCUUCAAUAAUUCAGUCCAAAGAAUAUUCCAACAUAUUGUUUAUUUGUGCGAAAGAAGUCAAUGUAACUUUUGAACAAUAUCAAGAAAUCCAAAAAAAGUAUAAGGGAUUUACAAUUUGGCUGUUGGGUCAAUUUUUUUACUUACUGGGAUAUGACAAGUUUUGUAAAGUCCAUGACACCAUUAUUGAUAUACAGUUGUGUAUUUUGGACCAGUUGUCUAACACUCAGUUGCAUGUUUUUGAUGAAUUGUCUAAAGAAUAUAAGAAAAUAUUAAAUCUUUUAGUUGACUAUUGUAAAAAUUCUAAAGACAAAGUCAUAUUGGAAGUGUUUGUACCUCAAAAUAUAGAUGACUUAAAUCAAGAACUGAAUUUAAAUCAAGUAUUUAUGGAAAUUCAGUCACAGGCUAAGUGUACUUCUAUUUUAUUAAAAUUGAUGAAAUUUAUAAACUAUAUACUUGAGGAAAAUUUUACUUGCUAUAGUUUUGACCAGAGUACUUGUGAAAUACUUGAUAAUCUCUUGUUUUUGUUAUCGGAAUGUGAUGAAGAAUUACAGUUGCAGGUUAUAGAAAUUUUUAUAGAUCUAGCAGAAACAGAUUCAGAUGUUUUGUACAAUUCAGAAAUAACACCCAAAUUUCUUAUAUUUUCAAAUUUAUUUGAACAAUUUUUACAUAAAACCUAUAAUUCUCAUAAUUUGGAGACCAAACUGAUGGAGAGAUUGGAAAAAUCCCUUCAAUUAUAUUUGAGUAGUAAAAAGAGAGUAAAAAAAUUGUUUCAAAAUAUUCCCCAAAUUUGUAAAUUUUUAUUUAAUAUUACCAUACAAAAUACUAGCUUUACACUUUCUUCAGAUAUUCAGAUAUUGGUAGCUGAAAAUGUAACAGAAUUUAGUAGAGAUGAUAUAGAAAAUGUAGAGAAAUUAACAUUUUUAAAUACUACCCUAAUAUAUAGUCUUAAACGAAAAUUAAAUCAAGAUAUUGAAGAAAUGGAGCUGUUUUCAGGGGAGAUAAAACUAUAUUUAGAGAGUACUAAUAAAACAUGGUACAUGGUUCAUAAGAAAACAAUGGCUUUAUUAAAGCAAAUUAGUUGUCUGUCCAAUUGUGCCAUUAUUGACUGUAUGAACUUUUUUAAAAAUAUGACAAACAGUUUAUUGUCUAUAAGUUUAACCAAACAUCAGAGAACCAAAACUACACUAUCCUAUUUUGAUGAAAUUGAUCUAUUAAUAAAUUUUAUAAAGAAAUAUUUAGAUCAUGUAAAUCGAUGUGACAAAACUAGUACUUCUUUAGAAGAAGCAUUUAAUUUCAUGGUCCACUGUGCAUUGUUAACGGGUACCAAAAACAUAAGUCUAUAUUUCCACAUUAUCACUUUCCAAUUGUUAAAAUCAUUUGUGUAUAGAAAUGAAAACCAAUUUCCCAUCAAUUUUACCUCAAAGAAUGAUACUGGAGACCUUAAAAUGGUUGUCAGAUCUUUUUACAAAUAUUUGUGGGCUCAAAAUACCCCAAGAAGUGUGGCUCUUAAAGUUCUCAAUAAACUGUUUGUUAUUUUAACAAGCAAUCUAGUAAUCACCAGUGAUAAUCAGUUAGCUGAAAUUGAGAAUUUGUAUUUGAAGAUUGCUAAAGGUGUUAUGGAAUCUGGCAAUGAUGAAGAUGUUGUUUUUGUAGUUGAAAAUAUUCCACACAUACUUAUGCUAUUUCAAGAACCAGAUAAAAUAAUCGCACAGAUAUUAAACCCAGCUUUUACUUCAAAAGACCACAAAGUUUUAGAAACAAUCUUAACAAUUUUGCCAAAUAUCUUGUGUACAGUAAGCUGCGAUUACACAAAAGUUGUAUGGAUGAAUAAAAAUUCUCUGCAGUUUGAAAUUUUGUGUCAAAAAUGUAACUUACAAGAGAACAAAACUAUUUCCACGCAAGAACUUGUAGAAAGAAAAUUUGGAAAAAAUGCAGCAUACAAAAGCUGUCCAAAGAUCCAGAUUGAACAAACAUCAGUUUCAUUCAACUUGAAACAUGUAUUGUUUUUAUUAUCGGAGCCCUCCGAUGAAAUAAAAAUGGCUGCUCUCCAUACCUUGCCAUACUUUUCGAGUCAUGUGUUACAGUUUCACUCAGUAAACAUAGUUCAGAAGUGGAUUGAGCUUGCUUCAGACAAAAACAAGGAAAUAAGGAAACAAUUUGCACAAAUUUUUGGACAGACAGUCAAGUUUUGUAAGGAAAACCCCAUUCUCUCCGAAGACAUAAAAAAGGAAAUAUUUAAACUAACUUUUGCCAAACUUUUAAAUUUUACCAAAGAUUCCCUGAAAUUCUCCAACUUUGAGUUGCAAGACACUUUAUUAAGUACAAUUGAGUCUAUUACUGUUAUAAAAUCCGAUUAUGUUACUUUGGAAAGUUUGAAAAUUUUACUUUAUCUCAUCAUGAUCCCGACUUCGAAAUAUUCGUUAAUAGCAGUGAACAAAUGCUUCAAACUGGCAGAGAAGAAUGACACAAGCACGACUACUAUCUACAGUCAAAAUAAAAGAGAAAUAUGUGAAGUCAUAUCCCACUUGUGUUGUAUUAACCAAGCAUUAAUCAACUACAACCUUUCCACGUCAUUGGAGAAAGUAUCUCUGAUGUUUGGAUUUUAUGGAUCCAAAGAUUUUGUUCAUCAAGAAAGUAAUUAUUUGCUUCCGUUUUUCGUUUCUAAAACUGUUAAGAUUCCUUCGGUUUCGAGGCUGAUACAAGAAAUGGCUGCCAUGAUGGAAAUGGAUUUGGCCGAAGCAUUGUCGUCAAGAUAUGGUUAUAUUUUUAUUCACGUGUUUUUAGAAGACAUUCCAAAGGAGGAUCUUAAAAAGUGUAUGAUGUUUUUGGAGAAAUCUACCAAUGCCAGCGGGAUUUCCUUAAGGAAAAGGAAUUUUAGAAUAAUCCUUAACGAACUACUCUUAAACUUUCACGAGAAUAACAGCAGAGUUUUGCUCGCUUUGCGAUUAUUAUCGAACGAAGACUACGAAAACAAAGGAAGUUCAAUUCAGGACUAUCUCCAUUCUCAUUUUCUUGGAGUACUUUUAUACUUUGACGGCAAGCUCAUAUCUAAAAAUUCUAGGAAGGAUAAGUGCCUUUUAAGUCUAGCUGAUUUAUUUAAAUAUAUGGGAGCUAAACAUAUAAUGCCACUGCGGUUCAAGAUCAUUGCCAUGCUUCAAACCAUAGAUUACGAGAGUUCCCCACAUCUGACUUGCGCAGUAUGGGAUGCCUUUAUUAAAACAUGCGAGAUAGAGUCUCUAGGACCCCAACUAGCUGUCAUUUGUGUCUCAAUUUUACCUCUUAUUGAAAACUGUUCGCAAGAAAUCAACGGUAUUUUAAAUUAUCUGAUAAUUGAGAAUGAAGCGCAUAUGAAAAAUUAUAUUCCAGAUUUAUUUUUCGUAAAUAACCCGAAAAUAAAUGUAGAGAUCACAAUAGUUAUAAGAAAGUAUAUAGAGUUGUUAGAAAAGAACAGUCUAAAAGAAAAAAUACAACGGUUUCUAAAAUAUUUAACCCAUGAAGCUAUGGAAGUUCGUAUCCAAGGUCUACGGCAAUUGAAAACUUAUCUAGAGGAAGACAGGGAAGGACUUGACCAAAUGAUUCUAGAUUACAAUGGUAUAGAUACCGCCAUUGUUGAACUUGUCGAUAUAUUAACAAUGGGAUGUAGAGAGAAAGAUGAGGCUUUGAAAUUGGCGUGUGGCGAUGUUUUGGGAGAAUUAGGAGCAAUAGAACCAAGUCAUAUGCCUAGAAGGUAUGCCCAAGACGACAGAUCGUUUUGUUUCUAUAUAAACGAAGAUCCUUUUAUCGUUAGUUCUCUUAACGAAUUAAUAAAAGCUUUUCAGACUGAAAAGAAUACUCAGAGUAUGGACAGGCAUGCAUUGGCAAUACAAGAAACUUUAAAGGGAUACGAAAUUUCUCCAGAUGAAAACAGCAACAAGCAAUAUCUGUGGUCACAAUUUCCCGAUUCUCAAAAGGAAGUGAUGUUACCUCUUCUCUCUUCCAGGUACAUGAUAGCACAAGAAGUACUAGCAAGUAAUUUACCAACUCCAAUUUAUGGAUCUAAUUCUGGAGCGUCAUUUCAGUCUUGGUUGCAUAACUGGACAUCAAGUUUAAUAUCGUGUCUUCCACACGAACGAAAGGAGCUGUUAAAAGUCUACAUUCCAAGUAUGAAACAAGAUAAACGUAUUCUUAUGCAUUUUUUACCACACAUUCUACUUUAUGCUCUAUUAGAAGGUACCGAUAGAAUAUCAGAAAAGGCCUUAAUAGAAAUUCAAACAAUUACCAGUUCUUUUAGUAAAGAGAGGACUUUGGAUGAAAAAGUAUUAAAUUUACGUCCAAUUCGGAUUCCUGGAGUUGGCACCGAGACUCCAGUUAUUACUCCCGAAGAUGUAAAACAAAUGCAGUGCACAAAAGUUGUAUUUUUAUUACUGGACUUUUUGGAUCGUUGGGUAAGAGAGUGGCAGUGGCAGAAAGGUGUAGCAGGAACUGCUGAUCAAAACUUUCAGACAAUUAAGGGAUUUCAAAAUGAAUUAUGUAAACUACAACUUGCCAAAUGUAACUACCACUGUGGUGAAUAUCCAAGAGCAUUGAUGUAUUUAGAGGAUUUUAUUAUGGACCACAAAGAAGAACUUUCCAACAACUUAUCAUUCUUCGCAGAGAUUUACGCACAGUUAGAAGAACCGGAUGGGGUAGAUGGAGCAAUGGCUUUGCAACAAAACGAACCGUCCCUCGAACAAAAAAUUCUUGCAUUGGAAGUCUCAGGAAAAUUGGCAGACGCAACGAACUGUUACGAGAGAAUGUUACAGCCAUUGCAAUUACGUCAUAUACAGGGCCUGGCGCAAUGUUAUUUAGAUUUAGACAACGUAAACACUGCUUUAAACUUUGUAAGAGGCGCUCUCGAAAACCAACCAGAUUUUGGUAACAUGCUGUUAGAAAUGCAAGCGGAACCAUUGUGGAGACUGGGUCAGUACGACGAAUUAGAUACGCUGUUAAAGAAACCUGAUUUGUCUGAUAGUAAAAUUUGGGGAGUACAAGUAGGAAGAGCGUUAUUACAUAUGAAAAAUGGAGAAAGAAACGAGUUCAGAACCACCCUGGAUUGUUUAAUGAAGCAACAAGUGUUUGCGUUUGGAGCUACCAGUUUAGAGGAGGGUGCCUAUAAAAGCGGGUAUGGAUACAUAUCAAAAUUGCAUGCUUUAAACGAAUUACAACAAGUGGAAAAGUUGAUGUCGGAUUUACUUAUCAGUCCAAAUAAUAAGGAAUAUGCUGAGAGGAUGAUGAAAAAGCUUUUAAACGAGUGGACACUUCGUAUAAAAGUUGUUCAAGAGUCGGUUGCAAUCAUCGAACCGCUUUUAUGUCUAAGACGAGUUUCUUUGAACCUGGCAAAAAAUGUUGCAGAAGAGAAAAUUCCCAAUGCUGUUCCUUAUCUGCAUUCUUUGCUCGGUGAAUGUUGGCUGCUAAGUGCUAAGACAGCAAGAUCUGCUGGGAUGCACCAACAAGCGUAUACAUACACAUUAAAAGCAGAAGAGUUUGCGCCCCCUACGCUAUUCUUGGAGAAGGCCAAAUUGCAUUGGUUGAGGGAGGAACACGAACAAGCCCUGUUUACUUUAAGAAGAGGUCUUGAAGUUCUGUUACCCGAAGGAUAUUCUCCUGAUAUGAUGACUCGUGAGCAAAGGAAAAUUUGUGCCGAAGCCAAACUUCUUAUUGCAACAUACAACGACGAAAUUUCAAAUGUUGAUAUCGACGUCAAUCGGCAGAAUUUUAAGGAAUCGGUGGAAAUGUUUAAAGAAUGGGAAAAGAGCUUAGUAUGUUUGGCACACUAUUUGGAUAAACUGUUCCAAAGUUACGACAGUUCCGAACAGGAUUCCAGAGGAAGCGACAUACAGUUGCAAAUGAUCAACUAUUUCGGCAAAUCUUUGCAGUAUGGAACUCAUUAUAUUUACCAGUCUAUGCCUCGUAUGCUAUCUAUAUGGUUCGAUUAUGGUACUAGACUAUUGGAAGUGUCACAGAGUUCUGUUAAAGAAGAAAGAAAGCACAUUCUCUUGCGUAUGACUAAAUUGAUUGAUUCUUUCUUAGAAAGAUUGCCAGCUUAUGUAUUUUUAACUGCGUUUUCUCAGUUGGUGUCCAGAAUUUGUCAUCCACAGAAAGAGGUUUAUAUAAUGUUGAAAUCAAUCAUAAUAAAGUUAGUUCAGCAAUAUCCCCAGCAAAGUCUGUGGAUGAUAAUAUCUGUGAUCAAAUCCAGCUAUUCUGUUCGAUCCAAAAGGUGUGCAGAGAUUCUUUGCGAUCCCAGGUUAAAGACAACAACAUUAACGAAGUUAGUACGAGAUUUUACAAGUUUGGCUGAAAAAUUAAUAGAAUUAUGUAAUAAAGAAAUACCACCCGAUGUUAAUACUACUAGUGUUAGUAAUUUACUAAGAUCGCUUCCCAGAUUACUUGCAAAAGAUGACUUCAGUGAGAUUAUGAUGCCUACUUUUAAAUUAAGAAAAUUGAUUUUGCCGAAUCCAGAUUUUAGUAAUGGUCAACACAAUCCUUUCCCAAAUGCGUAUGUCUAUAUAGUAGGAAUUGAAGAUGAAUUAAAUGUAUUGCAAAGUUUGCAACGACCAAGGAAAAUUUCAUUAAAGGGAUCUGAUGGUAAAAAAUACAUUUAUAUGUUGAAACCGAAAGAUGAUCUCAGAAAAGACUUCAGGUUAAUGGAAUUUAACGACAUUGUCAAUCAUUUAUUAGCCAGAGAAGGUGAAGCUAGACAGAGAAGAUUAAAUAUACGAUUAUACUCCGUAGCACCUUUAAAUGAAGAAUGUGGUCUAAUCGAGUGGGUUCCAAAUCUUGUCGGACUGAGACCAGUGUUGAUUAACUUGUAUAAACAAAGAGUUUGCAAGAAAAUGUUUCUCUCCACAUUAGGAUUGGGUGAAUGGAGUGUUCAAAACUGGGUGAAAACUAGUUAUGACGCUAAUAUCCCAAAAGUAACUACUACUACUUUUCCUUCCAAGAUUAAACCUGUCAAUAUUGAACGCAGAAAUAAAGUUAAAGCAUUCCUUGAAAAACUGCCAAAGAAAACAUCCAUUCGUUCAGGAAAAAAAGUGGGAGAUGCAUGCGUGAAUAAUCUGAGGGCUCUCAGGUAUUCCAGAGAUUUGCCUGUCCAAUUCAAACUAAACUUUGAGGAGGAGUGGCAGUUUUUACCAGUUCGCAAAAAUACGAAUAAUGCAGGAAUCAGUUGGUUAACAGCACGAACUGCCUACGUCCGGACAACCGCUGUGAUGUCGAUGGCUGGAUACAUGUUAGGAUUAGGGGAUAGACAUGGCGAAAACAUUCAACUAGACUCUACAUGUGGUGAUGUGGUGCACGUCGAUUUUAACUGCUUAUUUAAUAAAGGCGAAAAAUUUGAUUGGCCCGAAAGAGUUCCGUUUCGACUCACCCACAACAUGGUAUCGGCGAUGGGUCCUUUGGGCGUCGAAGGAAUUUUCAGGAAGUCGUGUGCUUGUACUUUACGAGUUCUAAGAGAAAAUUCAAACACGCUUAUGUCGAUAGUGGCACCUUUCGUUUAUGAUCCUUUGGUUUCUUGGCCAAGACAUGUAUCAUCCUUGCCAAGUGUUCAUAAUGCUGAAAGGACAAACGAAGAGGCCGUCGAUCACAUAAAGAACAUAGAACUAAGACUGAAAGGAUCUGUAAAAACAAGAAACAGAACAUUAACAAUGCCUUUGUCGGUAGAAGGACAAACUAACUAUUUAAUAAAAGAAGCUGUGAGCAUUGAUAAUCUAUGUCAGAUGUAUAUUGGAUGGGGAGCGUAUUUGUAAUGUUAAUUGUAAUUUUAUAUUUUUGUUACCAGUAAAAUAAAUAAUUUUUAG